AUGGCGGAAGACACUCGCACGGCGGUCCUGGCUCCUCCUGGCAAGGCAGAGACGCGUCAGCACCCCGAAACAGCGCCGGCCCAUCGCUCUCACAGCCCGAUACGCUCUCACGCCUCCGUCUUGCGCUCGACGGGCCGAACGAAGGAACUCCUCGCCGUUGGGAAAGAAGCCCAGAAAGGGCCUCUGCUUUUUGACGAUCUCCCGCCGGCCAGCAGUGCUGACUCAGGAAAAGGAGGAUCUUUGCUUUUUGAUGAUCUCCCACCAGCCAGCAGUGGUGAUGCAGCUUCCUGUGCUACUGAGCAGGUCUCAGUAGAGAGCCAUGGAAAAGGGGAGAAGAGGAAGUCCUUGGAGGAAGAGAAGAAUGGCAGGGAAGAACUUGUGGAAAAGAAAGUUUGUAAAGGGUCAGUGGGCCUCCUUGGAUUGAAGGGCUAUGUGGCAGAGAGGAAAGGUGAACGAGAAGACAUGCAGGAUGCACAUGUCAUCUUAAACGAUAUCACUGAGGAAUGCCAGCCUCUGCCCUCCCAAAUCACGCGUGUCUCAUACUUUGCUGUUUUUGAUGGACACGGGGGAGUCCGAGCCUCAAAAUUUGCAGCACAGAAUCUGCACCAAAACCUGAUUAAGAAAUUUCCGAAAGGCGAGGUAGUCAGCGUGGAGAAAACUGUGAAGAGAUGCCUUUUGGACACCUUUAAACAUACAGAUGAAGAAUUUCUAAAGCAGGCAUCCAGUCAGAAGCCGGCAUGGAAGGAUGGCUCCACAGCUACUUGUGUCUUAGCUGUUGACAAUACUCUCUACAUAGCCAACCUUGGGGACAGCCGGGCGAUUCUGUGUCGUUACAAUGAAGAGAGUCAGAAAUACGCAGCCUUAAGCCUCAGUAAGGAGCACAACCCCACACAGUAUGAGGAGCGUAUGAGGAUACAGAAAGCUGGAGGAAAUGUCAGGGAUGGAAGAGUCCUAGGAGUGCUGGAGGUUUCCCGCUCCAUUGGAGAUGGCCAGUACAAACGCUGUGGUGUUAUCUCUGUGCCAGAUAUCAAACGUUGCCAACUCGCACACAACGACAGGUUCAUCCUGAUAGCGUGUGAUGGCCUCUUCAAAGUCUUUACACCAGAAGAAGCUGUGAACUUCAUUGUGUCCUGCCUGGAGGAUAAGAACAUCCAGACGAGAGAAGGGAAACUAGAAGCAGACGCUAGAUACGAAGCUGCGUGUAACAGACUGGCCAACAAGGCAGUGCAGCGAGGAUCGGCAGACAACGUUACGGUUAUGGUGGUCCGGAUAGAGCACUGAGCAAUGAGGUGCGGCUGCGGGAUCCCGAGCCGUUUCUGGCGGAUGUAAGGAAGGGAGAAGGCGGUGUGCGUGCGUGUGUGGCUGGGGGAGGGAGGGCCCUCUUGGAUGCUCUUCAGUGUAAAUAAAGGUCUUUUCUAAUAGUUUUAGUUCA